UUAACUCCAUUGAGAAAAAAAAAGUUUAAAGAAAAUUAUUUUCAACAUUUGAUUAUUUUUUUAUUUCUAUAACAUUUAAAAAUAAUACAGGGGAAUGUAAAAGAUAAAUGAUUGUGUGCUAAAUACUGCUGCAAAUUUGGAUUAUAGCCAAGUUCUUUGUACUUAGUACAUUCACAUUCAUGUUACAAUAUAAGCAAUCUAUUUCCUAUAGAGAAUUUUCUAUAAAUACUCCCAUGAAUUUAUUUUUCAAGAAUAAAAUAAAUAUACAUAAUAUUAAUCAUUUAUUUUUGUUUGUUUUUUUCAUAAAUAAUUAAAAAUAUUAAAUCUUUAUAUAUCUCUAUCUAUUAUAUUUCAAGCUAAUUUUAAAUGGUUUGAAUACUAGAAACAAUUUCUUCCUAUUUUCAGCACUUAAAUGUGUAAGAUAUCACAAAAAUAUAAUAAUAUAAUAUUGUUAUGUUUGUUUUUUAUUACGUGUAGGUCAUAUAUAGUGCUACUUAAAAAUCCAAACUUAUAUCUUUAAUUAUACAUACAAAAUAUGUAGUGUAUUAUUGAUAUAAUAAAUUCCUAAUGGAUUAAAUUACGCUAAGAGUGUACUUGUUUUGAUUGUGUAGUUAAACAGUCUUUAGUUCCCUCUUUCAUUUUCCUAGAGGUAAUUUUAGUCUCAUCUCAUAGUCUUAAUCUUAGUACAUGUACUACUUUGGCCAAUGCAAUAGCCUGUAAUUUUUUAAGUAACCAACUUCUAAUACAAUAUAUAUUUAUUGCAAGUAUAGAAAUUUGUUGAAUAGUACAGUGAUGUUAAUAUAAACAAAGGAAUUGAACAGUAGUGUGAAUCUUUGCAGAAGUUAUAUAUAAUUUUAUUUCAAAGUAAAUUGUUAUUAUUUUUAUAAUAUCUUAUGAUUAUAAUAUGGAUUUAGCAAAAGAGUUAAUAUUGAAUCUUAAACAAAAGAAUGUUUCACAUGUGGGAUACGGUUUACAAAAGGAAUGUGAAGCUCUUGUUGGACAUAUUUUACAAAAUAUGGUAAAAUCUCAAUUGCCACCAUUAAAUGUUGAAAGAAAAAAUACAGAGGAUGCAGUCAGAUAUAGAGAAGAAGGAAAUCAACAUUUUGUUGUGGGCGAUGACAUUGAUGCUAUAGAGAGUUAUACUAAAAGUUUAGCAUAUGCUAAUAAUAAAGAGUUAAUGGCAUAUGCACAUGCGAAUAGAUCUGCAGCUUUGUUCAGAAAAGAAAUGUAUAAAGAAUGUUUGAUAGAUAUUGAUGCUGCUUUAUUAUAUGGGUAUCCAGAAAAUAAAAGAACAAAACUUAUGGAAAGAGGAGCCAAAGCAAUCGAUGAACUUAAGAAAAUUUUACAAAUAUCCGAGAAUAAACAUACUAACAUUGAAAAAAUUAUAGAUCAAAUUUGUUUAAAUCAAAAUGUAAAAGAAGACAUUACAAAAACAGAUACUAAUGAUAUACAUAUUAAUGAUAAAAAUAAAGAAAGAAAUUUAUUGCUUGAUAAUCAUGAAAAACGAUUUUUUAAUAUCAGUCAUUUUCCUAUCAAAUGUACAACACAAAAACCAAGAUAUUUAGAGAAAGAAGGUUCUUUAUCUCUUGCUUAUGGUCAAAAUAAGGAGUGUCCUGCUGCUAGCGAUGGUAUCAAAAUUGUUUUUUCUAAAGAAUUUGGACGUCACCUUAUAGCUACAAAAAAUUUGAGUCCAGGAGAUAUAGUUACCAUUGAAAAUCCGUAUGCACAUGUCAUCUAUGAGGACAGAUUCUACACCCAUUGUCAUCAAUGUCUUUCAAGAUGUUAUAAUUUAAUACCGUGUUCAAAUUGUCCAAUUGCACAAUAUUGUUCAGAAGAAUGUAAAAAGAUAGCUUGGGAUAUGGCUCAUGUGACAGAAUGUCCAAUUUUGGUACUAUUAAAAAAUUUAUUGAACGUUGAUAAAGACAAGAUAAGAAUGCUUACUAAAAUUAUCAGACUGUUAAUUAUUGUAACAGAAAAUGGUUCCAAGAUAAAGGAAUUACAAGAAGAUAUGAAAAUUGCAGAAUUCAAUCCUGAUAAUAGGACAGCAGGUUUUUCAGAUGAGGGUGUAUUUUAUAGUUUUAGUGCUCGAUCUGCUUUAAGUCUUGCAACAAAUAUGAUUACUAGACCAUUAAUAGGUAUCAGUGCAUUUGCAUGUAUUUCAGCACUUGCUACUAUUCUUCUAGCUACACAGACUAAUUUCUUUGGCAAAAAAUAUGAAAUAGAUUAUUUGGAAGAUAUAAGAGAAUUUUCUAAUUUAAAAUUUUGUGGUAGUAUUAUGUUUCGGGCAUGUGUUAUUAUGUCUUCUAAUUGUUUUUCAGUACAACAAGAGCCAGGAGUAAAAUCUGGAUCAGGUUUAUAUGUAACACACAGUUUGUACAAUCAUUCAUGUAGUCCAAAUACGUUUAGACAUUUUGAAGGACUGACUAUGAUUACUCGUGCGUUACAUCCAAUUUUAACAGGAGAUCAAAUUUUUACAAGUUAUGGCCCUGAAUAUGCAUAUAUGUCACGUUUAGAAAGGAAAGAAAAAAUAAUGCAGGAUUAUUUUUUUGAUUGUCAAUGUUCUGCAUGUGUAUUUAAUUGGCCCAUUUAUACUGAAAUACUACAUAAUCACGUGGGUUCGAUUACCCAAAAUAAGCAACUCGUAGAAAAAUUAAAACCCUUUAAACAAAGAUUGCUUAAGAAUAUCUAUGAUAUCGAUGCAGUAAAAAACGUUCUUAAUAUUUUAUAUAAAGAAGUAUCUCAACCAUGUGAGGAGAUAGUUCAUGCAGAACAAUAUCUAAAAAGUUACUAUUUAGAUCCGUAAUACAUGGGUUUAUAUAUUAAGCAGUACAUUUAAUAAAAGACAUGAGUGUUUUUAAAAAUUUUUUAUUUAAGUUAUAUGUAUAUUUUGCUAGAUGACACUAAAUACAUGCACAUCAUUUUUACAUCAACUUGAAGAAAUGUGUAUAUAUAUAUAUAUAUACACACACAUAUGUAUAUACAUACAUA